AUGUUAGGGAGAUGUUGGGAGACGUGGGCGGCGGCUGGUGCUGGUGGAUCGUCGUCCUGUUGCCGGUUGGGAGGAGAAAUCCGGGCGAGACUUGACGCUAGUCGUGGACACGUUGUACAGGUACGCCUUGUCGCCCACGUGUAAUACUACAAAAUAUUUACUU